AUGGUGGGUACUCAGGUGCCGAAGCACACGCACACGGAUCCCGUGCUGUACUCUUUCCCUACGGAUGAUGAUCUGAGCAAGGGCUUGGCCGACUUUGUGAUCAAGGCGCAAAACGAGGCGAUCGAGCGCCGCAACAUGUUCACGAUUGCCACCUCCGGUGGUUCGCUGCCCAAGUUCCUGGCCAAGUACCUCGUGGGCCGCACGGACAAUGCGGUCCGCUGGGAGAAGUGGCAGGUCUUCUUUGCCGACGAGCGCAUUGUUCCCCUGAACGAUCCCGAGUCGAACUACGAUCUGUGCAACAAGGAGUUCUUCUCCAAGGUGCCCGAACUCCAGCGUAGCCAGAUCCACACGAUCGACGAGAGCCUCUUGAACGACUCGGUGGAGCUGGCGGACGAGUACGAAAAGCAGCUGGUCCAGGCGUUCGCGGGCAAGGAGUCGGUGCGCAACCCCGUCUUUGACCUGAUUCUGCUGGGCAUGGGUCCGGACGGCCACACGUGCAGUCUUUUCCCUGACCACGAGCUGCUGGGCGAGCAGGACCGCUGGGUGUCGCCGAUCGAGGACUCGCCGAAGCCGCCGGCUCGCCGCAUCACCUUUACAUACCCUGUGCUGAACCACGCCCACCAUGUGGCGUUCGUUCUCGCUGGCGCAGGCAAGCAGGAGAUGUUGUCCAAGGUACUCGAUCAGCCCCAGCUGGGUCUGCCUGCGAGCCGCGUUCGUCCGUUUACCCCUGGUGAUGUCUUGUUCUUCACCGACGACGCAGCGUCGAAGACGACGCAGUUCCCUCGCGCCAAGUUCAACUUGUAG